GGCAUAUACAGGGUUGGCUGAUAUACUUAAUAUUCAAACCUAGGCAGAAUGUUUAAUUGGAUUUGUGUGUUUUUGUGGGUGUGUUUAACGGACAAUUACAGAUCUUCAAGUUACUGACAUCUUAAACGGUAAUGCGAAUUGCAUGAUCAUAUCUGGAUAGAACUGAGUAGAAGAGAGAGUCUGUCUUACUGGAAGUAAGGGGAUGCACCCUGGCUAACAUAUACUGGAAGGUUGCAUAACUAUCUAUAGAUUAACGUUAUAGUGAAAGAAAUUAGACAAUUCACGUGUACCUAACAGAACGUGGAAGGGGCCACAAGUACCUAGCUAGAGAUGGCGGAAUCAUAUGUUCCUAACAGGAAGUGAAAGUUGUCGCUGGUACCUAAAGUAAGUGGGAGGAGCCACGUGUACCUAACAGGAAGUGGGAGGAGUCACAUGUACAUAGCACGAAGUGGGAGUAGUCACGUGUACUGACAUAAAUUAGGAAAAGUCAAAUAUAUUUAACAAAAAGUGGGGAAGUAACGUUUACUUAACAGUGAGUGGGAAAAUACAUUUGUAGGUAACAGCCAUUGGGAGAAGAAAUAUGUGCCUAAUAGAUGUGGGAGAAGGCAAUGGUAGCUAACAGGAAGUGGGAGGAGUCAUGUGUAUUUAACAGAAAGUGGGAGGAGUCAUGUGUAUCUAACAGAUAGUGGGAGGAGUCAUGUGUAUCUAACAGGAAGUGGGAGGAGUCAUGUGUAUCUAACAGGAAGUGGGAGGAGUCGUGUGUAUAUAACAGGAAGUGGGAGGAGUCGUGUGUAUAUAACAGGAAGUGGUAAAAGGCGAAUGCAAUUAACAAGAAAAUUGGCGAGUAUCGUGUACCUGACGGGAAGUGGGAGAAGACAAUAGUAGGUAACAGGAAGUGGAAGAGGAAACAUAUUAACAGGAUUUGUUAGGAGGCAAUUUUAAAGAACAGCAAAUGGGAGAAUCACAUGUACCAAACAAGAAGUAGGAGGAGUCACAUGUACCUAAUAGUAGAAAGAAAUAGGCAAUUGUAGCGAACAGCAAGUGGGAGAGUCACAUGUACCAAACAGGAAGUGGCUGGUUAUCCAAUAUCCUCACGAUAUCGGUGUGGUAGUGAUGUACGAGGUCGACACUUCUUUGUUACGAUAUCAACAGUGAUGCAGCCGAGAAAAUUGAGAUCAUUUGUAGUUGUGCCCCUUUGUACCAUUCUGGUAUAUCUGAUGGUUGGUGGCAUGAUAGAUUUUUUCAAAGAUGUUCCUCACGACAUUUUUAUUCUGGGUGACUCAAGUGAGGACGCUGGAUCCUCUUGCGUUUUACCGAAACAUGAUCCCUUCGACAGCAGCAUAAUGCGAUAUUUCUACAAUGUCGAAUCACCUUGCAAUCAAUUUCCGGAUGUUGUUUUUCUCGACAGUGAGUUUCAGAUACAAACCAAUUCAUCGGCUGUAAAGGAGACUGGCUGGCGACAUCUGUCGUGCGAACGCGAGAUUAUUAAACGAGUAAACGAGAAAAACAUUGCGUUUAUCUCAACCAGUUCUAAAAAUUCAUCAAGGAUUCAUAGCGACUGUUCCAAAGUAUCAUGCAAGGACGAGACUUCUUCGUUAGUAUACCAACAGCUGUUGUUCCACACAGAUAGUGAUCGUGUAUUACAAACCAAACAAAUCAAGGAUGAGAGCCCAGACAGCCCUAGCGUCGUUAUAUUUGGCAUUGAUUCCGUGUCACAGCUCACAGCCAAACGACUGCUGCCCAAAACACUGCAAUAUCUGAAACAUUCGUUAGGUGCCCAUAUUUUCAAUGGUUAUACCAAAGUAGCAGAAAACACGUUUCCUAAUCUCAUUUCAUUGCUUUCUGGAUGGAAAGAAAAAGAAGAAGCAUUUUACCGCGAUAAAUAUCUAGAUGAUAUAGUACCGUUCAUAUGGAGGAAUUUUUCAGAAAAAGGUUACGUGACUAUGUAUGCUGAAGAACAACCAGUAUCGCCUUCGUUUAAUGCUGUAUCGAAAGGCUUUAUGAACCCCCCUACAGACCAUUAUUUCAGGCCAUGUGCGAUCGCUAUGGAUGCUACCAAAACUGUUAUUAAUUCUCCAAAAUAUAAAUACUCCUCAACAGCUUACGACAAACUACUAUUGUUAAAACCAUUUAUGUUUUGUCAUGGAAAUAAAGCAAAACACGAAAUCCAUAUAAACUACCUAAAGUCGUUUCUAUCGUCAUAUAAAAACAAAAGGAAGUUUUCUCUUACAUGGAUAGCUGCUUUGGCGCAUGAUGAUCUGAAUUAUCUCCGGUUAGCGGACGACCAAAUUAGAGAGUUCUUUGAAUGGUCGAGUAGAAAAGGACAUUUUAACAAUACCGUACUAAUGUUUCUCAGUGAUCACGGCUCUAACUUAAAUGCUAUCAGGAACACGGUGAUUGGGCGGGUAGAGGAACGAAUGCCUUUCUUCUCUAUUGCUCUACCUCCACACUUGAAGGAAAGAUAUCCUUUCUUGGAAACAAACUUGCGUGACAAUGUAGAUAAACUGACAUCACAUUUUGAUACAUAUAAUACUCUAGUGGACAUUCUGCGGAGCUCGUUUAAACGACAAGGUGAAACAGAGGCUGGACUGAUAGGUAGGAGUCUGUUUGGACGUGUUCCCUCGGACCGGACGUGUGGCGACGCUGGUAUCCGAAGGGAGUACUGUCCUUGCCAUAAAUACGACCUCGUUGACCUAUCCGAACAUGAACUCGUUAAAUUCGGCCGGAAAGUUGUACAGAAAAUUAACUCAAAGCUUACACCUGCCUAUCCACAAUGUAAACCGUUAGAACUGAUCAAAGUAGAAAAUUCUCAGAAGAUUGUAUCAAAUUUUAUUCCCGUCCCUGAAACGAAGUACUUUACGUGGUAUAGUCUUUGGCAUAGUAGACAGAGACAUAUAGACAGUCAGCAAUAUCGGCUGCUGAUUAGUACGACUCCAGGCUUAGCAAUGUUCGAAAGUUCAGUAACACUUCAUUUAGAUGGCAGAAUAGAAGUAUGGGACCACAUCAGUCGGGCCAACAGGUACGGCAACCAGUCACAUUGUGUACAUGUAGCGGAGGUCAAACCGUACUGUUUUUGUGGCUAACAUCCGUAACUGUGACAUCAAUAUGUAUUUCGUAAUAAAUACUUUAAUGAGACAAAUAUUUGUUGUUAUACAUCAAGUUAGGGUGGGAAAAUACUGGAAUCAAGAUGUCAUUCCAUCCGUACGUCCGCCGUCCGUAGUCACAACGUUAUAUGGGCUAUUCCUCCUAAACUAACCAAAACAAAUAGAUUAAUUGCAUC